AGGAAAUUCAGUCAUUACAGACGCGCGCGCUAAGAAGGUUCGUUACAUACGGAUAUUCACUGUCAGAGAGUAAUUCAAAUCUUUCAAAUUCAAAUAACUGUGUAAAAAGCAGCUAUAAAAAAAAUUUACAAGUGUAUUUGUGCGUUGUCGGGUUUGGCAUGAACCAUAGUUAAUCGCCGUUGAUUGACAGUUUGCCAAUUUGAAAUCGAAAGUGCUGUUCGCAACCAUUGCCACAUUGAGCUUUGGCUAUAAUUAACGGUUACACUGGUUAACGGAGCCGUAUAAAUUGAAAGGAAAUAUUUUUGGAAAUACAAAAAAUAACGGUAAAACAUAACACCUUUAAAGGGGAUUAAGUGUAUGGUUUAGUUAAAAAAGCAAAAUUUUAAUGAGAUUCCAAACUACACAUGUACCUACAAAUCUCCGACCCAAUUUUGGCUUCAAUUGGAAUGUUUUGAGUGCUUUGCUAACAGCAUAAACCGUUAAAGUGAUUUUUACUGCCAAAAACGGAAACAACAUAAAAGGAAACAAACGUAAACAAUUAUUGCCGUUUGUUCUUUUCAAUUUAAAAUCAACAGUAAAUGUGUGCAUUUUAGUAGUGUUAAUAACAGUUAAUUGAAAAAGUGAUCGUUUCUUGAUUUUUCAGUGUCACGACACCAACCACUUUAUUGUCCUCUUGGAAUGCUAUCAAAUUACAACAAAAUUGCCUGAGUUCUUAAUUGUGGCGAUUUCAGCACUGCACUGAAUAUUUUCGUAAGUUCUACAAAAAAGCACUCACAAUGUGGCACUGGCUGGAAAUUGCAUUGAUAUUCCUCAUCUUUCAAGAUUACACACAAAGUUUGCGGCUGGUCGAAGUGCGAAUACCAAAUUACGUGGUUAAGGGUUCAUCAGCACAACUGGAAUGCCUCUAUGAUUUGGACGGUGAGUCGCUGUACUCGGUGAAGUGGUACAAGGACGGCAACGAAUUCUAUCGAUACGUGCCACGAGACAUGCCACCAGCACAAACGUUUCUGCUGCCGGGUGUAGCAGUUGAGAUUCACAACUCCAGCGAUGCCAUAGUUACGCUGCACAAUGUCAACCUACAGUCGGCGGGUCGCUUCCGCUGUGAAGUUUCCGGUGAAGCGCCUUCUUUUCAGACAGUCACUGAACAUGGCGAUAUGGUUGUGGUCUCUCUACCUGAUCAGGGCCCACCGAAAAUUACUGGUGGCCGUCCACGCUACCAAGUCGGCGACUGGGUGCGCGUAAACUGUACAGUUGGCCGCUCAAAGCCAGCCGUUGAUCUGUCAUGGUUCGUUAAUGGUGAACCAGUUGAACCGCGUACUUUGAGAAAAUAUCCCUCAGUUAUAUCUGGACGUGAAGGCUUGGAAACUUCCAUCUUAGGCUUGCAGUUUCGAGUUGAACAGCAUCAUUUUCGAAACAGCGAUAUGAAACUAAAGUGCGUUGCAUCGCUGUCCACUUUGUAUUGGCGCAGCAACGAAGAGUCCGUCGAGGGCGAUCGCCCGCAAAAAGCGCCCGUCUUAGAGUCGCGCGAAACCGUUUACGCCAGCAAUUCGCGCGCCGAUCCAGUGCAAGGUAUGUCACUCCGGGAAAUAUUUGUUACCAAAAUCUUAUCGUUUUUCAUUCAACCAAAUGCAGCCAGCAAAACGGACUCACAUCUAGUGGCGCAUGCGCCCAGUUUGUUGCUGUUGCUGCUGGUGGCGACGGCCGUUGCCAGCGGCUGCCUCGAACAGUUGCACAUGUGGCAGCAGUUGUUCACCAAGCAGCCAACGCUGCGCCUGCACGACAAUUGUAUGCAACAGCAACAACAACAACAAAAACGAAAAGACAUCGAAAACUGCGCGGAACAGCAAAAUGAACAAGUAACAACGCAGCAAGAGCGACAUGAACAACAACAACGAAAGACGGAGAAGCAAUUAAUGCAAUGGCAGCAGCAGCAGCAACAGCUUGUAAAACGAAUUGUUGCCGGCGAAAUCAAUCAGUUGAUGAGCACAGAAUACCAAGCUAUAAUACCACUGUUCCAAAGCCAGCGCCAGCAGCAGCAACAACAACAUAGCCAACACUGGCAACAACAACCAGCGGAGAAUCAAGUGUGCCGACAGCAUUGGCAUGUUAAUGAGAACAAUGAAGGCGUGGCACGGAAAUGCAAAAGCGCGUACGAAUUGGAAUUUGUUAAUUUAUGUGCGGAAAUGCUGCCGGCAUUGACAGCGAUGACAACAACAUCCGCCGCGGCGACAUAUGCCACUUUCGCCGCUGCUCAUUGCGACGCGGAUGCAGUGGAUUCCGCCGAUGUUGUCACAGCUGUCGCCGCCGCAUUGCCAAUUAAACGAUUGCUGGCUGUGAGGUAACUGCGCUGCGCAGCGGUGAAAGAAGUGUAAGCGAAAAAAAGGCUUCUCUACCAUAACUGGACUGUCGCGUCGCAAUGCUGCAGGGUAACGAGCCAUGCAACUGAGCUAUUGGCCAAAUACAAGAACAAGCGAAAGAAGGACAAAAAUGAAAAGUGUAAAUUUAAUUUCAAUAAAUUCGAAGGACAGCAGUCGAAUGGAAACUGCUGCCGAUGACGCUUUGGAUUUCAAAUUACAAUUACGGCAAAAAAAAAUUGAAAACUUCCUUUGAAACCAAUUUGCGUAAAUAAAAUGCAGUAAAUGAAAAUCCAACAAAUUAAUUAUUUAAAGCAAAAUUUUUUGAAAAAUGUGAAAUGACCAAAAUUAAAAUUAUGUAUAAUAUGGAGAAUACAAAUCAAAAGUGCACGCUUGUGAGUUUAUAGUAUAGGUGUACCGGUGUGUGUGAGUGAAUGUGAUUUAAAUGUUGGUGUGUGUUUGCAAACGUGUAAGAUCAAUUCGAAAUCAGUUGGAAAAAGCGCAAAUGCUUAUAAGUAUGUAUAUGUGAAUAUAAAUGAAAAGCAACUACUGAAUUUUUAUUAAAUUUAUUUAAAAUGAAUGGAAAACAUUUAAACUAGUUGUAAUUCAAUUACCAUAAAGCUAGAAUUAGACUCAAUGUCUAGUCUAAAUGAACAAUGAACAUUUACAUACAUAACAUACAAAUUACUGUUAAAUGUAAUUAGUUAGCAAAAAAUAAAAAUUAAACAAAAAUAGAAUUGUUAUAUUUGUUAAGAGGCGGUGAGGUGCAACGAAAUGUGGACGGAGCCAAUUGAGGGAAUUUGUAAGUGUUCAUUCGAAAAUUAAAAGUUUAUUACAAAGUUACACAAGGAAAAUAUCUCCGACCCUUGAGAGUAGUGCUGAAUUCGAUUUGACUGAGUUUAUUAAUAAUUUCCCUAUCUUCACUUAUUUCGAGUAAACGUAAAAAUUAGCGAGCAGCUAACAUUCGCAACAAUCUUCUGAAAACAUAUCUUAUUUGUGUGUUUGCUAGUAUCAGCCAGUCCAAAAACUGAUUAUGAUUUUAUUACACAACAUACCAUAGUGGCAACCGACGAGUGUUUAUCGAAGUUUAUAGUGAUUUUCCAAUUUUUCAAAAUUGGCCUAAUAUUCACGGAAGUUGCUUUUUGUCGCUGAAUUUGCUUCCAGUGACCAAUAACGUUCGGCCGAAAGCCACCAAAAAGUCAUUGAAAGCAAAAUUCGUGCAAUUCGGUAUUACCGUGUGAAUUAUUUAGAAUCUCGGAGAAGGUCCUUUAAAUUUUAUUGGCAACAAAAUAGUUCCUAUACUUUAUGAGAUACUCUGUAUUGUAUUUGCACAAGUUCGUAACAUGCAAUUUCCUCCUCCAGCAAUUAAUAAAAUCUUCAAUAAACUCUCUUGAACUAUUCACGCUGAGUUUUGAGUUUAAUAAAAUAGAGUAAAAAAGGAAUCUGUAACUAUUCUAACAAUUGUGAACUAUGACAUAGAAGAAAAAUACUAGAAACACAGUAGCUCCAUUUUUCUUCCAUGUUAUAACCUAUAAUCUCUCUACGUAACUCAAACAUGUUUGACCAAUUUUGUUUGUAAUUGCUUAACAAUUUCGAUUGUUAUCCGUUAAGAACCAACAGAAUACUAUCUUAUGUGUAGUUGUGCCACUUGCCUCCGAAACAAAUAGAAGCGAAUAAAAGCAAAUAAAAGAAGAAAAUAUGAAAUUACUUGAAAGUCUUUUAGUUUCCUCUUAAUUCUAAAUGAUUUUAUCUACAAUACCUUCUUUGAAUGAUUCUGUAUAUUAUUCUACCAAACUUAGCAGAAUAACACGGAAAUUUCUAAAAAUGUGUAUGGCGCUCAGUAAAUUUACUACUCAAGAACGAUGACAUUUCAGUUGCACGUCGUCAAAUUCUUUGAAAUUUAAAAAACGACAUUUUUGUAAAUAUAUACACACAUUUAACUACAUACAAGUAUAUAUUAUACAUAUGUAUAUUAUUAUACAUAUAUGACAGUAUGUAAUUUUACAUACAAAAGCAUAUACUUAGUAUAUGUGUACCAUAUAUGCAUAGCUAAUAAGAAAUUGAUUACAAUUUAGUACUAGCGUUAAAAAUCAAAAUCAAACUCCAUUACUGUUGACUAAUGAAAGAAAGUCUUAAACUUCAACACAAACAUAUCGAACAUUUUAUGAAUUGCCAAAGUUUUUACUAAUAUAAAUAUGCUGAUAGUGAGUAUAAUUACGAUAAUGAACAUUUUUUGCCACGUAACAAUGUAGUGAAUAAUAUAAAUAUUUUUGGAUAAAGAGUUUAUUUUUCAAAUUUUCUUAUGUAUUUGUGAAGUUAUGAUUAAAGAUUGAACUUCGUAGGUGCGCUGUGUAUUCUAUGCAAUUAUUUGAGUCGAGUAAAAAACUACUUUCAUAAUUUAAUAAGGAAGAUUUCUUUAUAACAAUAAAACAUUCCAGGACAUUUGCCAAAUCAACAGUGAUAAGUAAUAUUACACACAAGCCAACACCCACAUACAUACACUUGUAAAUGCAGCAUUUAAGAAAUAUACUAGUAUAUAACAGGCAGAAAAUAUUAAAAUUAAAUCAACAAACGGUAAUAAUUUGCAACUUCUUCACGCAGUCAAUCAAAUCAGCUGUAUUGCUCAAUUAUGGCGAGCGUCUAAGACAGUUCACUUUGUAAAUUUAUUGCAUUUAUUUAUUAUUGUUAUUGGUAACAGUAAUAACGUGUGGUCUUUUGGUUAAAGGAAAAAUAAAAUGUUGCAUUUAACGCAUUUCAACUGUAAAUAUAUGUUUUGUAACUUUACUUAAAUUUAAUACUUAAAAAAUUUUAAAUCACAUACAGACUAAUAUACAUACAAACAUGAUAUAUAUGUACGUACAUGUAUUUACGUCAUACAUAAACAUUUAGUUAGUAGAAGGUUGACUGUUGUAAAUACGUACGUAGUUGAGGUGUGGCAAUAUAAAAAUGUGUAACCAGCUCCGCAGGGGCGUUUUAAUUAAGAAAACAAAAAAAAAAAAAAUCAAAAUGAAAUCAAACUCCAAAUGUGCGCCAAUCUAACCAAAAAUUAAUGCUAAGUACUCGUACAGUCCAAAUUUUCUAUUUAUAAGCCAAUACAUGUCAGAGGAAUAAGGAAAAAAAUCAAAAUUUCAGAUAUCUUUGAAAAGUUUAACUAAUAUGUCCGAGCUCAAUUAAGCGCUAAACUAAAUAUUAAAAACAAAAAAACAACAACAACAAGCAUAUACAUGAAAUGUGUUUUGAAUAUAAUUAACUAACUAAGCAUUCGUAACUGUAAAAUAAAUAUUGUGUAUUUACUUGCAAAUUUAACAAAUUAAAUUAAAAAUGCCAUAACUAUAUAAAGUAAUAAUAACGAAUUCAAAAACUAACAAAAUCAAUAAUAAAAACUAUUUAAAAUGUAUUAUAUGUAUUUAGUUAAGUGCGGUAAUUGAUAUAUUGUAAAUAUUUGUCAUUAUGACUACUGUAAUUCAAUGUAUGGGCAGGAAAUGGUGUGAAAACAAAAGAAUUAUUAAGUCAAAUAUACAUAAAUUAUAAUAAUAAAUAUUUGUUUGACGAUGA